AUGCCGAACAAGGAAGCUGUUUUUGUGCCAGGUGAAGCAAUUUUUCUGCCAUGCAAGGUAACAGCAUCACCACCACCAGUCUAUAAAUGGAAGAAGAACGGAAAGGACUUUAAUUGGGCGGGGAAUAUAGGAAGAUAUACGAAAUGGCCAGAUGAGGGCACGAUUGUGCUCGCGAAGCCGGGAACUGAUGACGAUGGUCUUUAUCAAUGUUUUGCGGAAAACAAAUAUGGCGUUGCCGUCUCGAACACAAUAAACGUUAAACGUGCAGAAAUGGGAAAGUUUGAACAAUCUCCUGUCGUGACACUUACUGCCAGAAUUGGGGACUCACUCUCUUUGCCGUGUGAAGUUCCCAUAGGCUUUCCUCCACCGAUUGUGACCUGGCAAACUAAGCGCAACGCACAACUGGAAUACAUAAAGGAGACUAAUAGAUUGGCCACUGACAUUAAUGGCUACCUUCACAUAGCAGCGGUCAUGCCCUCCGACGAUGGUGUCAUUUUUCAGUGCGUAGCCAAUAAUGAGGUCAUGCGUGAACAGACAACUGGCCCGGCCUAUCUAAUUCGAGCGUAUCCACCCGAGGUCAACAGGCCGGUCUCCUUUGUGUUUCAAACGCCCUUUACCACCUUGGCAGUCAACGGCUCCGUUCUCCGUUUGCAAUGCAUUCUGGCAGGCAACCCACUGCCCAGCUACACUUGGUACAAGGAUGGCAAGGAUGCGACACUUCAUCCAAAUGUUAAUAUUCUGAACAUGGGAACAGUGCUUGAAAUCAAUCCGGUGUCCGCUUCCACUGCUGGGCAGUAUCGUUGCCAGGGGGUCAACGAGGCCCUCAUGACUACGAAGAAUUACGAAUAUCAAGUGACCGUUAAAUCUGCACCUAUCUUCACCAAAUUUCCUGUGGAUACUUCGGUGCCAGAGAACGGAAGUGUGGUCUUCACGUGUGAGGCGACGGCUGAUCCUCGACCAAAAAUCUGGUGGACCGUCAACGGACGCGACCCUUCCUUCUACUUGGAUGGCAUCAGGAAACUCAUCAGUGGAAAUGUACGUUUUUACAGACCCCUUUCCUGCCAAGGCAUGCUGACGGAGACGUUUCUUAAUUUGAUUAACGGUCCGGUGAUAAAAAAGAAAACUAUUAGAUGUUACCGGAGCGUCAUCAGCGUGAGCCUGCAUGAGACAAAAUGGGGAAAGUGUACGCGCUGA